AUGGCCGUCACCGACUUCAUCCUCACUCCAUGGGCAAUUCCCGUUGCGGUCAUUCUUUACUACCUCGUCCCUUACCUCACCUCCAACACUGGUAUACGCAAUGUCCCAGGUCCAUCAGCUGCUAAAUUCUCAAAUUUGUGGCUUCUCCUCCAAGCACGACAGGGGAAACGAUAUCAAAGUGUCGACGAAGCACACAAGAAAUAUGGAAAACUAGUUAGGAUACAACCGAAUCAUGUCAGUGUCGCUGACGAAUCCGCCAUAAACGCCAUCUACGGCCAUGGAAAUGGGUUCUUGAAAUCCGAUUUCUACGAUGUCUUCGUCUCCAUCACCCGUGGUCUCUUCAACACGCGCGACCGCGCAGAACAUACACGGAAGCGGAAAACCGUAUCGCAUACCUUCUCAACCAAAAGCAUCGCCCAAUUCGAGACCUACAUGCAUCAAAACCUCGACAUGUUUGUCAAACAAUGGGACACCCUAUCCCAAAACGCGCAUGGCGGGUUCGCCAAAAUCGACAGUCUACACUGGUUCAACUACCUCGCUUUUGACAUGAUCGGGGAUCUGGCAUUUGGCCAACCAUUUGGGAUGUUAGAGAAAGGAAAAGACAUCACAGAAAUCCGAAUGACGCCCGAAAGUCCCGUAACCUACGCUCCAGCCGUAGAAGUCCUGAAUCGUCGUGGUGAAGUCUCAGGAACACUAGGAUGUCUCCCAGGACUCAAACCAUGGGCGAAAUACCUCCCCGACCCCUUCUUCUCCCAGGGCUUAGCAGCAGUACAGAAUCUAGCCGGUAUAGCAGUAGCCCGGGUCUCUCAGCGACUCGACGGCAAAUCCGACCCCGGCCGCGUCGACCUGCUCGCGCGUCUCAUGGAAGGAAAAGACGAAAAUGGAAAACCCAUGGGUCGACAAGAACUCACGGCCGAAGCACUCACGCAGCUCAUCGCGGGUUCGGAUACUACAUCCAACACCUCCUGCGCGAUCCUCUACUGGAUCCUCAAAACGCCAGGCGUGUUACAGAAAUUGCAAAAGGAAUUAGAUGCUGCUAUUCCAGAAGAUAUUGAUGUCCCGUCCUUUGAAAUGGUCAAAGACCUGCCAUAUCUCCACAACGUCAUCCAGGAAACAAUGCGCAUCCACUCCACCUCCGCCCUCGGUCUCCCCCGCGUCGUCCCCCCAGGCCCAGGCAUCACGCUCCUAGGCCAGCAUUUCCCCGCCUACACCGUCCUCUCGGUCCCGUCCUAUACCAUCCACCACUCCCCCGAGAUCUGGGGCCCCGACGUCGAGGAGUUCAAACCAGAGCGCUGGGAUAGGCUGACGGAGCGACAGAAAACGGCGUUUAUACCGUUCAGUUACGGACCAAGGAGUUGUGUGGGCAGAAACGUGGCGGAGAUGGAACUCGCGCUUAUUGUGGGGACGGCGGUGGGCAGGUAUGAGUUUGAGCUUUAUACGGAGAGGCUUGAGACUAGAGAGGGGUUUUUGAGGAAGCCGUUGGAGUGUUUGGUUGGGGUUAGGAAGAGGGGGGCGAGAGCGUGA